AUUUUUUUAACUUUUAUUUUUCUCUAUCAAAGCAUUUUCCUUCUUCGGCAUUUCGAAGGCCAAAUUCUUAUGUUUUGAUCGACUAAACUUAAAUGGAUCUAUCUAAAGUUAAACAACUAACUGAUUGGUUGAAAUCCACAUCGAAAGAAAAGGCUUCGAUCUCGGCUCGUAUAAGGGUUGUUGAUGAAAUAUCACUGGGAAGGUGCAUCACCACUGAUGAAGCAGUUAAGAAAAAUGAACUUUUACUGAGUGUGCCGAACCAGUUUCUUUUGAACUAUACAACUGUGCUUCAACAUUUAUCUUAUAGUAAUAACGGUAUUGAUCAGUUUUUAAGAAAAAGGAUUUUACAGUUCAACAAUAGAGUAUAUGCCACAAAUGCAGAUGAGAUUACUUUUCUCUACUCCAAACUUGAUUGUGAAAAACUUUUAAGUUUAACAUCUCAUCAAUUGUUGACCCUUUUCAUUUGCUUAGAAAGAAAAAGACACGAAUCUUCAUUUUGGUACCCGUUAUUUUCUUGUUUUCCAGAAUUGAAUGAAUACAAAGCCAUUCCUAUGACAUGGAAUUUGAAAAUUGCUUCGGAACAUCACGUUAAGCUUUUUGGUCUUUUACCUAGAUCUGUGUUGAACCAUGCAAAGUCCCAAAGCAAUCAAUUCUAUUCCGAUAUUGAAACCAUUGGUUCAGUAUUGAAAGAACAAGAUGUGAUUUUAACUGAGAGUGAAUAUUUGUGGGCUUGGCUGGCAAUAAAUACCAGAUGUUUAUACUACAAGCUACCAAAAUACUUACCGAUAACAGAGAAGACAGAGAGCGAAGCAAGUAAUAUUACCUUGGUUCCAUUUGUAGACUUCAUAAACCACAGGUGUGAUGAAUCUAACUGCUUGGCACGUGUAUCAAAAUCUGGCUAUGAAGUUUUAGCCACAGGAAAUAUUUCAAUAGGUACUCAUUUGUGGUUUACUUAUGGACCGCACAAUGAUGAGUUUCUUCAAUCUGAAUAUGGCUUCUCAACAUCUAAAAUGACUGAAAAGACCUGGGAUUAUACAAGUUUCAACAGGUAUAACACCAUCGAUUUGUCCCCUAUAAUAACGAAGCUAUUAUGCUCAACGACGAAAAAGAAAAUUUAUACAUGGUUAAAGCAAACUAGAUAUUAUGACGAUUAUACUUUGGGUGUGGAAAACAUUUCAUCGACGAAAGAUGGAAAAGUUAAAAUUUCUGUAAAACCUUCUUACAGAACACGAAUUGCACUUGCAUCUCUAACUGAACGAAAUGAAGAUUUUUACUAUGAUAGUUCACAGGAUAACAUCGAAUGUCCUCCAAACCUAAGAAAGUUUUAUGAAGGUUUUAAUGAUGGGGAAUACUACAAAAAGACUGAGGCAGUUUUGCUUGACAAAAUCUUAGCUAAGAUUAAACAAGAGAUAGGCCUCAAACUUGAAGCUUUAAGCAAGCUGGAUACUGCGGGAUCAGUGGAACACGUUGCUGUGGAAAAUUUGCUUUCAAACCAAAAGUUUUUGCUAAAUUCAUUUGAUUAGAUUAUAUAGAUUAAAAAAGUACCGAUAAUGAUAAAAAAAGCGACUAGAAUAACCGAAAACAGAACAAUAUGUACAUGAAUUGAAAAAAAGAAAAUGUGCAUCAUACACUUGAAUCAGAAAAGGUU